AUGGCAGGAGUCCGGCAUCUGCUGCCGGAGACGACCAGCUCUUCUAAGCGGUCGGGCUCAGUGGAGUCCUUUCGCGAGGAAGACGCCAAGGUGGUAGAAACGAAGGCUGUAGAGGGUAAGGAGGACUCCACAGGCAGCAAUGCCCUUGAAGGCGCCGUUCUCUUCACCGGGUCGUCGAAUCGUGAGCUUGCUGAGAAGAUUGCAUUUUCUUUGGGUAUCCCUCUAGGUCGUUUGAAAUUGUCCCGUUUUGCGGACGGCGAAAUUUCGUUGCAGUUCCUGGAUUCGUUGCGGGGUCGUGACGUGUACAUUGUGCAGCCAACUUCUCCACCGGUCAAUGAGAACUUGAUGGAGUUGUUGCUGAUGAUUUCGACAUGUCGACGUAGUAGCGCGAAGAAGAUUACAGCGGUGGUUCCUUACUACGGAUAUGCUCGCCAGGAUCGGAAGUUGUCGAGUCGAGUGCCGAUAUCUGCGGCAGAUGUGGCGCGUAUGAUUGAGGCGAUGGGUGUGGACCGAGUGAUCAGCGUGGACUUGCACUGUGGCCAGAUACAGGGUUUCUUCGGGCCUCGCGUACCGGUGGAUAACCUGGAGGCUCAGAAGGUUGGCUUGCAGUACUUUAGAAACAAGAAGCUCGAAAACCCCGUCGUCGUCUCGCCGGACGCUGGUGGUGUGUAUAGAGCCCGGAAGUUCCAAGAGGGGUUCACCGCGCUGACAGGCAAGAAAGACACCGGCCUUGCUAUGCUCAUCAAACAACGCAAGGCCGCGAACGAGAUUGAAUCCAUGCAACUGGUCGGCAGUGUACGCAACUGCGACGUCGUCAUCGUGGACGACAUGGUCGACACCGCCGGCACUCUCUGCGAAGCCGCCAAGAUGCUCAGGGCUGAGGGAGCCAGGCGAAUCUUCGCUUUCGCCACCCACGGCCUCUUUAGCGGCCCCGCUUUGGACCGCAUUGGAAAGUCCGUGCUUGAAGAGAUCGUCGUUUCCGACUCCAUCAAGCAACCCAACGCUAUCAACAACUGCUCCAAGAUCAUUCAGCUCUCCAUCGGUCAACUCCUUGCUGACGCCAUCUACCACGUACACACCAAAGAAUCGCUCCACAACGUCUUCUUCGACGUCUCCGAGCACCACCACACCCACUGA